AUGUCCUCCUUCGACCCGUACACCCAAAACAUCACCAUCCUCGUCUCGCCCUCCUCCCCGCCAAUAUCCAUCCCCAUCCCCGUCAUCGACGCCUUCAACGACGAAACGGCCAGCAUCAUCACAAACUACGCCGCCCAGCUCGGCGCCGCCCUCGCCAUGCUGCUCGUGCUGCUCGCCGCCACGCCCACCGCCAGGCUCCUCCGCGCCGACGGCCCGUCGCUCCUCCACGCCCUCGCCCUGCUCGUCUGCGUCGUCCGCACCGUCCUGCUCAUCUACUUCUUCCUCACCCCCUUCUCGCACUUCUACCAGGUCUGGACCGGCGACUUCUCCCAGGUCCCCGCGUGGAACUACCGCGCCAGCAUCGCCGGCACCGUCCUCUCCACGCUGCUCACCGUCGUCACCGACGCCGCCCUCGUCAACCAAGCCUGGACAAUGGUCUCGCUCUUCGCGCCCAGGACCAAGCGCGCCGUCUGCGUCCUCUCGCUGCUCAUCACCCUCCUGGCCAUCUCCUUCCGCGUCGCCUACACCGUCAUCCAGUGCGAGGGCAUCGCCGAGCUGGCCGCCCCGAGGCAGUACGCCUGGCUCAUCCGCGCGACGCUCAUCUUCAACAUCUGCUCCAUCGCCUGGUUCUGCGCCCUCUUCAACUCCAAGCUCGUCGCGCACCUCGUCACCAACCGCGGCGUGCUGCCGUCUCGCCGGGCUAUGAGCCCCAUGGAGGUGCUCAUCAUGGCCAACGGCAUCCUCAUGAUUGUUCCCGUCGUCUUCGCCAUCCUCGAAUGGCACCACUUCAUCAACUUCGAAGCCGGCUCCCUAACACCAACAUCCAUCGCAAUCAUCCUCCCCCUCUCCUCCCUCGCCGCCCAGCGCAUCGCCAACACAUCCUCCUCC